CGUUACUGCUCAUAUUCACAAUGGCGGAUAAGCCUGUUUUGGUUAAGGGGUCAUCUUUUAUGGACCCCUUCAAAGGACUUUUAUUGACAUAUUUUAUGCCAGAAUCAUGCUACGACGAAUUCUUUCUGAAUUUCAACUUUUUGGACGUGCCAUGUCUGAAGGUUGUACUGAGCAAAGCCCUGGGGAUGGGCAUCAUACUUGGAUCAGUGAUGGUGAAGCUUCCUCAGAUAUUAAAGCUGAUGGGAGCAAAGAGCGCUGAGGGGCUGAGCUUCAAGUCUGUGCUGUUGGAGCUGUUGGCCAUCACGGGAACAAUGGCAUACAGUAUUGCCAACAAGUUUCCCUUCAGUGCCUGGGGUGAGGCUCUGUUCCUCAUGUUGCAGACAGUCACCAUUGGUUUCCUCAUUCAACACUACGGAGGAAGAACCAGUAAAGGUCUCCUGUUUAUGACUCUGUAUUUUAGCCUGCUGGUCGUCCUACUUUCUCCAGUCACUUCCAUGUCAGUGGUUACCUGUAUGCAGGCCUCUAACAUGCCAGCCAUCAUCGUUGGCAGGCUGAUCCAGGCGGCCACUAAUUUCCGUAAUGGGCACACCGGGCAGCUAUCUGCUAUCUCUGUUUUCUUGUUGUUUGCUGGAUCCCUAGCUCGUAUCUUCACCUCACUACAGGAAACUGGAGACUCACUGAUGGCCCUCACCUACGUCAUAUCAUCUGCCUGUAAUGGCAUCAUCACCUUGCAGGUUCUUUACUACUGGAACAGCUCCCUAGAACACAAAAAGAAGACGAAAAAGAAGAGAGAAUAGCCCAGCCACUAAACUUCCAUUGUAAAGCAAUGCUUUUAUUUCCAUAUUCAACUCAAGACACUCUUCCAGAGAUGACUUUUAAACUAGAAAGAACAAAUUGACACAUGGAAUUUGUGUACAGAGCCACCGGGAAGAGAGGGAGGACCUGCCGGUUCCAGCAUCCUCUCCUGCUGUGCAUUAUGUUGUUAUUACAUUCCUCUUGAUGCAACUGUGCUUAUUAUGGUCAGCUGUUUUCACAUGUGUGUGUUAAAUUCUUAGAAAUAUUGAAAUCGUGAAUGCACCUGCUUUUUGAUUUUUAAUAUAAUUCUAAUCAUCAAAGUUAUUUCCUGGAAAUGGUUUAAUGCAGGUUUGAUCUUAAGUGAUUUGUCCACUGGCCAUUUUGCAUAAAUAGAAUUUCAGGCUUGCUAAUAUUUGUUUAAUGCUGGAUAUUAUUCUGUCAUCUGUGUUGGAGGUGACAUUCAUCAGAUUACACAACUGAUACUGUCACAAAGAGUCAUGUUUGUACAUUUGCACAAAAUUAUUAAUUUGCAUAUCCUAUGAAAACAUCAGAAAUCUCUGUCACCUUCUUAGGGAUCACGCUACCAAAUGUUCUGUAAAGGUGAAACCCUACAUGAAAUUUGGGAUAAAUAGAUAAAAAGAGUUUAACCUCAGAUUUAAACUAGAUUAAUGUGGGAUUUAUGACACGUCCUAAUGGCACCAUUUACUGACCCACCAUUCACACCCACAAAGACAAUUUACAAAACCACAUUUUACAUAAAAUCACUUCCAUAGUGAAUGCUGAAAAGUGAAAGAUUUCUCAUUUUUUCCCACAAAGUGAAAUAGACCCAAAACUUAAAAUGUAACAUGUUUAAAGUCUACACCUUCCACUCCCAUGUCUGCUGUACCAGAACAUGUUUAUCCUGAAACAACUUGAAGGGUGUACUACAAAGCAUGGAAUGAUGGGUUAACUGAUAAUGUUGAGCCUAUAGCCAGAGUUCCUAAUGUCACAAAAGUGGCUCUUUUUUUAACCUGGCUAGAUUAAGGCAACUGAUGCUGCAAGCUAAUCUGCUCGGAUGAGGUAAUCAGGGUUUGGAAUUAGAACUGGUUGUAACAGGCUCCAGAAUUUCACCAGUGUUUCCUACCAGCAAUUAUUAUUGCAGUGGCAGUCCUUUAAAAUUUGACAAAGAAAGCCGAUACCCACUCUGUGAUACCCAUUAUCUCUGAUUGGGGUUUUAGGUUUUAUUGUGCCUGCUUACACCAAGAAACCCAGGAUUUGUCGCACUUGCUCCUGUCUGUUUAAGUAAAUCAACAAAUACAAUGUUACCCCAUAGUAAGUGGACGUAAUGUCGUACUGUCACAACAACAAACUACAUUACAGCAUAUUCCUAGAUUGGACUUAGAUGUUUACUUUGUAUCAUCUACAAUUACAAUUACUAUUUUUUAACUUAAAGUGCAGGCUACUUGAUCUUAUGUAUCAUUAAAAAUAGAUUGGCACCUCUUGGAUACAGAUAUUAGUGUGUCGUACGGUUUUGGAGAAAUGUUCUGCUAUUCUUUGCAGAUGAUUUUUUUUUAGCAGCUCUUUGCUGGUGGGAUUUUGUUGCUCGCUUCAGGGUCUGUAUUUUUACUGUAGCCUAUCUGACCUGUUUGUUGGUUUGGCUCUCUAGUAGAAUCCUUGGCCCCAUUGUCCAUUCAUACAUUCUGGCACUGGGCUCAGAAAGAAAACACACAGCAAUGCUACUUUCCUGGAUAAUUCUGUUCUGUUGAGAGUGAUUAAUCUUGUAUAUUCAGUCUGCACACAUACAGUAAAUUGUGUAAAACUGCUGAUUUGAUACAAUAAUGGGACCAUACCCCAUAUCCUGGGGUUUACAUCUACUCCACGUUCUCAUACUUGAUUAGUGUCAAUCCAUGCAAGAAACUAUAACACAGUGCUUGACAAAGCUGCAAAGUUUACAUUGUAAAGCAGCAACAGAUAACACAUUGAGAAAAGCGUAAAUGUGACCAACCUAACCGCAAUGCCAGACAAAAUAUGUAAGAAAAUAUAUUUUUCUUCUACAUGUGUGAUACUAUGCCAUCUGACUGUUGAUGGAGAUCAGUGGUUCUUUAUUAACAUGUGUGAGGAUGUACUGAGCAAUCACUGAAGGUACCAUAGUUUGUGACAAAUUUCUUGGCACACAAAUUCUGUCAGUCUGCUGAAAAACAUUCUCAAAUAGCAUGAUACAAGCAGAAAUUUAAAUUUAAUGGACAGUGAAAUGGCGUGUGAUUGUAAUAAAGCAUGAGCUCAUCAGAUGUGAAUGAAAUAAAAAUGCUGCUGGAAUAUGUAAACAAA